UUUGUUUAAAUAAUUUAACUAUAAAGCAGAUAAAACAUGAAUUCUCACAAGACUGUUCAAGAAAAGUGGAUCAAUCCUGCGAAAAGAGAAUAUAUUCCAGUUGAAGGGUUUACUCUCACAGAUCAAUUUAAACAAGCAAAACAUCAAAUUGAUAAUUUUGAAGUUAGCGAUAAUGAUAUUUGGAUUUCUACCUUUCCUAAGUCAGGAAUCACUUGGACCCAAGAAAUGGUGUGGAUGAUUUUUGAUAAUUUGGAUUUUGAAAAAGCAAAAGAAGAUUUAAAUGAACGAUCUCCAUUUUUGGAAAUAAGUACCCUAAAAGAUUAUCAAAAUCUGAUGAAAACCUGUACGGAUUUUAAAAUACCAGCAAGUCUAUUAGACUCUAUAAACUUUGUCAAAUCUCAAAUAGGACCAAAGGUAGUUAAAACACAUUUACCUUGGGAAUUAUUACCAAAACAAAUUCAAAACGGAGUUAAAAAACCAAAGAUUAUUUAUGUCGCUCGAAAUCCAAAAGAUGUUUGUGUCUCUUUUCAUAACCACGAACAGUUGAUAAACGGUUACAGCGGCACUUUUGACGAAUUUUGUGAAUUGUUUCUUGCAGGAAAAGUAUUAUAUGCACCAUACUGGCAGCAUGUUUUGACGUAUUGGAAAAUGAGGAACGCUCCAAAUUUCCUUUUCCUAAAAUACGAAGAUAUGAAAAAAGAUUUACGCAAAGUGAUACAAAGCGUUUCCGAGUUUCUAGAACGUCCCUUGAACGAUCAACAAGUUGACAUUUUGCUUGUGCACUUAAGUUUUGAAAAAAUGAAGCAAAAUCCCGCGGUUAAUAAAGAAGACAUGAUUAAUAUAUUUAAAAAACAUAAUUUGACAAAUUCCGACGGAAGGUUUUUCAGGUCUGGAAAAACUGGUGAUUACAAGGUUAUAAUGCCAUCAGAAAUGAUAAACCGAUUUGAUGAAUGGAUUCAAAGAAAUACAGAAGGAAGUUAUUAUGUGGUGUAAAAUGACCAUUACAUUUUCUGUAGUAAUAUCAUAAGUGGUAAAAUUUUGUGGACAAAAUUUUCAGAUUGGCAGAGAGUUUGUUGCAUAGCAAUUUAUCGAGAGACAUUGUUAGAAAAACCUCGAGUCGCAGACGAGAGGUUUUUGAACAAUGUCACGUGCUAAAUUGGCAAUAAAAACUCGAGUAAAUCAAUCGAAAAAUUUUGUCAGACCAAAGUUUACCACGAAUGGUAUUCGGAGGACUAUUUCAUGAAUAAAACUACACAUUCAAGUCUACAACUAUUUAUUAUAAAUAUUAAAUGUACAAUUAUUGUAAACCAUUUUGCUGGAAAUGUCGUUAUUUUCACUUCUGACAGACGUUUUAUGAGUUUCUGGCUGUAUUGUUGGUGAGGUACCUACCUCGAAGCUCUCUAAACGCCCAGUCUUGUAAAAUUUCUGCUAGACGAUUUAUUGGAGUAUCGGCAGUCAGCUCAUAAUUUCUUUCUUCGCAGAAUUGAGAGAAUUGUUUCCAUGUACAAGCCUUCGUUUUGAUCUGUUUUGAGGAACACUUAUUGAACUUGCAAGUGUAAUGUCAGGAAUUGAUACAUUCCGAAAUCGCGUGUUUUUAUUAAUUUUUCAAAUUAACUGAAAUAACUGUCAAAAUAUUUAAAACGACAGAAGUUGUUUAGACUGUUACCAUGUUGGUAAAAUUUUAUCAUUUAUAAUUACACGAGAGCUUUUUUUUCGAAGUUUUAGUGAGAAUUUUGUUUCCUGGCAAUUUAACGAAAAAAACUGCUUCUGAAAAAAUUACGAGUCCGUAGGGCGAGUAAUCGAGUAAUACGAGAUUUACUUCGAAACUACGGGGUUUCGGGCUGUUGAAUGACUGAUCCUUUCCUGGAACUGUUUCUCCUCUUGCAUUAGAUUUUAGUUAUAAUUGUUAAUUCACUUGAUAUGAUUUAAUGUCACUUGAAAGCUUAUUCAUUAGGAAUAAGUUGUUUGUUUAUUUUAUCUUGUAUUGGAUUUUGCUAGUAGGAUUUGAAUUAUAUUGUUCGUUCGUUUUAAACUAGUACCUACUUCAUUCAGUUAGACAAUAGCUCCAUGAAUUCGGAAGGUGUAACCUUAAGUAUGAACAAAGAAGUAUAAUGUUUUAUCUUUUAUUUUAUUUUCUUUCAUUUUAUUUUAUAAUAUUUUCUAAACUUAUAUUGUUUAAUUAAUUAAUAAAUAAAUUGUUAUUGUUAA